GGGGCGCCCGCUCCUCCGCUGCUCGGUUUGUUUUCCGGGUGAUGCUGCUCUUCUCUUCAAAGCAGAGGAAAGUCGGGGGCUCAUGUGUCAACAUCCAGGGUUUCCCCGGGGGAGGCGUAACGUUAACGUUAUUCCAAAAAAAAAAAAAAAAACCUGCCGUUCCAUUGAGGACCCUUUUUAUUUUUGUAGCUUGUUCAUCCUCGGAGGCCGAGGUGUUUUUUGCUGACUGUUAAGACCAGAAGACGAUCUUCGGCUCCUGCUGCUUUGACGUUAGCUAACGUUAUUGUAAACGAUGACAGAGUACAAAGUGCGAAUAGCGUCUCCAAUCAUUUAAUAGUAUCUGGGGACCUGUUAGCUUAGCCAGCUAGCCUGGUAAUUCGAUUAGAGCAAGGAAACGGGGCGAAACACACUGCUGACAUGAUGUUUCCUCAAUCAAGGCACUCGGCAUCCUCUCAGUCCGGUCAACCUCUCAAGUUCACCACUUCUGACUCCUGCGACCGCAUCAAGGAUGAGUUCCAGUUCCUCCAAGCACAAUACCACAGUUUGAAGUUGGAGUGUGAUAAGCUGGCCUCUGAAAAGUCAGAGAUGCAACGUCACUAUAUUAUGUACUAUGAAAUGUCCUAUGGGCUGAACAUUGAAAUGCACAAACAGGCUGAAAUAGUGAAGAGACUGAAUGGGAUUUGUGCUCAGGUGCUGCCUUACCUGUCACAGGAGCAUCAGCAGCAAGUGAUGGGCGCCAUAGAGAGAGCCAAGCAGGUCACACCUCCUGAGAUGAACUCGAUCAUACGGCAACAGCUCCAGGUGCAACACCUGUCCCAGCUCCAGGGCUUGACCUUGCCCGUGACCCCGCUGCCCCUGGGCCUCACCCCUCCCACCCUGCCCGCCGUCUCCUCCAGCUCCGGCCUGCUCUCCCUCUCCUCCAUCCUGGCCAACUACUCCCACGGGCAGGCCCAGGUGGUGAAGGAUGAUAAAGCCCGGGACGCCGCAGAGCGAGCACCCAGAGGAGAGGACGGGGACAAGUCAGACUAGUGCCGACACAGUGAGGAGGUUUGGGGAUGGGGAUGAUAUUAUGGAGGUGAAGGGUUGGGGGAAAAAAAAAAAAAAAAAGAAAGUUGAAACUGUAACUGUAAUUUGAGAGAUUGAUGUAAGUCUGACUGCCUGUCUGCUGAGUGUUGAUGUAGAAGAGUAACUGCAGGGAUGAUGACAAGCAGAGAGGACCGAGUUCAAGCUUUUUGGAUGUGUAGAGAAUGAAACUGCUGAAUGGCUGACAGUGAGAGUUCUUAUUAUUUAGUGAUAAUAGACUCAGUUCAGGCUUCUAGACUUUAAAUAUAUGCUUUUUUUUUAGUGUAAGCCGCUGUUGUUAGGCUUAACCAAGAUAAAUGUUCCCCCAUUUGGAGAGACAAAAAGAGCUAAGGAUGAAAACUAACCGCAGUCUCCCUUACAUGGAUCUGCCUCUCACAGGUUUAUUUUUCAUACUUCUUGUUAUCAGAUCUGUAUUCAGUGUUUUUAUUUUUUUUCAGUCCCUCUGAUCUGUUUCUUACUGGUCCCCGUCUGCCAGUCACAGUAAGCAGUUUUAACAACAUCUCAGUUCCCUUCUAGUUCCUUUUCAAUGAUGUUCAAUAGCUCAGUAUCACCUUUUUCCAAAAUGUUGACUGGAGUUAUAUUGUGCAUUUAUGUUCUUGGAGCAAAAUUAAAUCUAAGUCGGAUGUUAAACGGGAUGUUUUAAAGGGACAUUUUACUCGCCAGGUGCAUUCAAACCUUUCAAAACCUAAACCACCCUUUUUCAUAUGACCAACCACUGGAUGCAUUACCUUAGCUGUGUACCUCAAUCCCAAAUGAAUGGGAUUUUAUUCCAUUAAAAAAACUCUAUAGUUUGUACAAAUGGUAGUAUAACCAGCUUUGGGGUUAAUUUGUGUCUCCUAGGCCUAGCUGCUGCUGCUGCUAAACAUGCGCUACAUGGCACGGACCAUGACUCGUCUUUAAAUGACAAGAAUUUACGCUCUGAAAAAAAAAAUUGACUUUAUUUUGACAUGUUGUUUUUGUGAAGUUAAAAGACAGGCUAUAAUUAGUCUAGAAUUGUCUGUGUGUGCUCGAGUGAAUGUGAUUGGAAAGAAGAAAACUCUUGCUUAAUUUAACUUUUUUUUGAAGCACCUUUUGUAUUUUCCUUAACCCCCACCCCCUUCCCCCCUUCCCCACGUCAGCCCUUUCCUCUUGCUGGUCCACUCUUAAAUAAACUUGAAUGGGAUCUAAACUUCAGAACCAGAUGGUCGUAACCAACAGACGAGUACUGUAUUUCUGUAAGUUGGCAGAGCACUUCUGUUUAUACUGAGACUGUAUCAAGCACCUAUCUUGUGUGUGACAAUAAGGGGGAAUCUCCCCCCCAACUUUUUUUCAUUUUCCCAUUGUUUAGAUGAAGAAUGUGUCCUGGGUGAGUUGCUAAAGCUCUGUAAACAGCAGCAAACAUACAAUCCUUCAUAAGAAAACAUAUUUUUACAAAAUUAUUACAACCAGAAUUUGUGUUGGUUACCAAGCUGGUUUCAGAACAUUUUCAAAAAAACAGUCUCCCAACUCCUUACCAAAUACAAAUUCUAUAAAGUAUAUACUUAUCUUGAUAGUAUACUUCUCUUGUAAGAAUUGAAAUGUAGUUUUGUACUAAGAGGAAAUAAUAGAUGUGCACCAACAGAUUUUGUUUGACACAUAUGAAGAAUUUCACCUGAUAUAAUGCAUACAGUUGCACUGUGAUUUUGCAUACAGUAUAUUUGCCCUAUAAAGAUACAUAUAUUAAUAUUGUGGAAAACAAAAAGAAAACAAAAGCAAAAAACAACUAUUUCUGAUUUUGGAAUAACAUGUUGCUGUCUUUCUUAAACUAAAUCUGCAGUGAUUUCCUAAAGUUACAGUUAAAGUACAGUACUGAUGAAGUAUAAUAUAAAGGUUAGUAUAUGGCACAUAUUGUAUGCAGUCAGUUUGUAGAGUGGAACUGGGACACAGUUUACUAGAAUGUUCAUGAUUUAGGCAGUAGAGGGCAGCAGCGUACUCUCAUGGGUUAUUAGUAUAAAGGCAAACUGACAUCCUCUAAGUAUCUGAAGAUGUCCAGGUCGGUCUGUUGUGUUCACAUUAUUCUCACUGCUGUUCUCUUCUCCAGCUGAGAACCAGUACACUGCGGGUGUUAGCUGGUAUUCCCCUGUAAUGUGAGCAGCUUUCCAGAGCUUUGACAACCCACCUUUUUAAUGUCUGAGCACAUCCAAGAGUGGCACUUCAACCUUUCUCUCUUUGUUUUAAUUUGAAAAGCACUUAAGUUGUGGCUCAGUGCUCUUUUGUUUUUCUUCUUCCUGUCUGUGCUAGUGUUGGGGGACCUACACAGUUUCCCUCCCUGGAGAUUUGACUUUAAUAUAUGGAGUGUGAGAACAGAUCAGUUAGUCAUUUGCACUCUUUAUGCUGACGUCGGUCUCUGUAGAAAACUCCUUUGGCAAAACUCAGACAUAUGAAUGGUAUGUGUGUUUGUUUUUGCUGUGAAGGGCCAAUUUGUAUACAUAUGAAUAUAUCAAUAUACAUAUUUUUUAAAGCAUUUUUGUAUGUUUCAAAGCUGCUUUUUAACGUGUGUGUAUCAUGGAGGACUUAAGUGUUGUAUGUGUGCAUUACAAGCCUACAGUAAGAGAGGCACAAUGUUGUAUACCAUGUCGUUUUUUCCUGUUUUUUCUCUCCCGUUCUCUCAGUAGGCAGUAACACUUAACAUUGUUUUCUAGGUUUGUAAAUGUUUUAUCCUUUUUUUGUGCAAACAAAAACCAGUUUAAUGUGUUUAUGAACACAGUCUCAUUUAAAAAAAAUACCUUAAAAAAUGUAAACAAGAAACCGUGUACUCAAAUGAGAAUGAAUCAACCUUUUAGCAGUAAGGAAGCUUCUCUGGUGCCUUACAAAUAAAAGAUGUGAUUGAGAGUG